GAGCAGCAUGAUGGGAUAUGAGUCCUCCGGCGGCGCGCUGCCGCCAUGUCACCGAGAGAGAAACACUUAGCGCUGCUGUCCGCUGUGGGCCUGGUUACUCUCGCUUUUUACUGUAGUCCUACUUUCCUCUACGCGACUUUAAUUCUUGCCGUUUGUUGUUUUGCUUGUUACUAUCACAGCGGAGAAGCGCUUCCCGCCAGGCUAGGCCCCAAUCCUCGGGGUGGACUGAGCGUCGUCGGCGGGCUCCGACGCUGGCUGUGGGGUUGGGGGGAGACCGGCGUGUCGGUGGGCGCCCGUGGGAGGACGAGGAGCGGCAGCAGAGCCGAGCUCCGGGAGACGGAGGGACACUUUAGACAAAGGCUCGGUGAAACCGGGAUUUACCGCAGGGAAGGUUUGGGGAGUGACUCGUUUCUCUUCAGCCCCCGGGAUUUCCUCAUGGGGAGCUACAUCGGGAAGACCGAGAGCCCGACCGGGAGGCCGAGAGCCGUUAGGAACCCCCGAGAGCAGCUGCGGGAGAAGCUUUCCAGACCCAACCAUGCCGUCUACACCCCCAACAGGAGGCUCUCUUUCGCUGGGGAGCCGCUGGGCACGGCGGGCAGGUUCACCAUCACCCCCCAGCGUCACUACCCCCUGCAGCAGCCGGGUGUGUCGCCGGUGGGAGUCCUGCCUCCCGUCAGAUGGGACGGCUUCAGAAAGAAAAGCGUCCUCAGUCCUCGUAACUCACCGGCAGCCCUCAGCCCCGUCACCGUGAAGAUCGCCAGACCCGACCACAGCAGCCCCAGUUUGGAUCAUCUGAGUUGGGCGGGACUGUCCAGGGCCCCUGCAGACCCCUGCUCCAGAGAAAACGUCCUCAGGGUGUUGAAGGAAAGCCGCAAGAGAGAAGUGGAGGACGAGGACAGGAGCUUCAUAGCAGAGCAGAAAAGCAAAAGAAGGCGUAACGACAGCGGUGGAAGUGCACAUUCUGCGUUUGAGCCUCUGUUGCCCAACGGAACGCCGUCACAGCUGGUUCCUAAGCCAGGAAGCCUGAAACGAGGGAUGACGUCAGUGACGGAGGAGUCCAUCAUGAAGAGGUCUCGUACCUCCUCCAUCAGCUCCGCCAGUGGAGUCCACGCCCCCAGAGGAACCCCGGGUACCAGGAGGAACGCCAUCCAGAGCUCCUACAGCUCUACACUCGGCCUCAGCCAGUGGAAGAAACCGUCGGCUCCCAGCUCCCCUCUGUCCAGCCCCGGAUCAUCUCGCUCUCAGACUCCAGAAGGAGCCUCCAAAAGACCCAGAGAGGAUGAUGGACAGUCUCCCAGCUCAGCAUCCUCAGUGAGGUCGGAGCAGACGGCCUCCGACAAGCCUCCUGUUACUUCCAAACUGACUCCGGUUCCCAACGUCCCAGUCCCUACCUCAACAGACUCUGCUGGUAGUGGUGGGAAGAGGAAACGGAAGAUCCAGCUGGUGUCCAGUCACCGAGAUGAUCACAUCUCUCUGCCUCCACCUCCUGAGCUGGGAUACACAAUCACUGUGAAAGACCUGGAUGAAGAGAAAAAGGCUGCCAUCAGUAAAAUCCAGAAGGUCCUGGAGACGCCUGCUCCAGAGCCAAAAAAGUCUGCGUCUCCUCCGGUCACCACUUCCUCCCAGCCAGCCUCCUCGACCAGCUCCACCACCACCACCACCCUGAGCAGCCUCCUGGCAGCUCCUCUGCCCACAGCUUCCAGCGCUGCCAUCCCAGUCAUCAACCUGGACCCCAGUCCAGGCAGCAGCGUCAGCACAGCACCAGCGGCCUCCAGCCCGCUGCUGGAGGCUCUGAAGAUGAAGACCGUUACUCCUGCUAGCUCCACACCCACUGACAGCACAGCUACAGUGUCUGCAUCGACCACACCUGUCCAACCCAGCAGCUUAAACCUGAAGACAUCAACUCCAGCGGAUGUUCUCCAGCCUCCUCCUCCCUACCAGCCUCAGUCCUCCUCUGCUGGUGUGGAGCAGCCCUCAGCCUUUACUCAGGUGUUGGCUCAGGUGUCCAAGGCUCCCGGCAGCAGCCCACCUGUAGCAGGACCCGGCCUGUUUGGGUUGACCAGCCAGAGCAGCACCCUCUCUUCUUCAGCAGCCUCCAACCCCGUCACUGCUACUGCCGCUCCGGCCAGCAGCUCUGCGUCCGUCAGCACCACCAACCCUCUGCUGGCGUCAGGUUUCAAGCCCAUCUUUGCCGUCACCUCUACCCCCACAGCCACAACGGCUUCAGAAAGCAAACCUCCUGUACAGAGUUUCAAGCCCAUCUUUGGAGAGGCCACUUCUUCUGCUGGCUUCACGCAGCCUGCUUCCCUCACCACCACCAACCCGGCCUUGACGGUUUCAUCAAGCAGUACAUCUUCAAUAUUUGGAGGGUUGGCCAGCAGCACCACGGUCGCUCCUUCUGUUUUUCCUGGUAUGACCAUGACCAACACCCCCACAGCGUCCACAGGCUCCAUCACCAGCACCCAGCCUGCAGCCCCACCUGCUGUCAAAUCCCUGUUUGGAAACUGGUCCGCACCAUCAACAGCAACCAGCACCAGCUCCACGGCCUCAGUGCAGGUCAAUACAGGAAGCACAUUUCAGUUUGGAGCUGCUGCUACCACUACAGCAGCUCCAGCAGCAGCUCCAGCAGCAGCUCCAGCAGCAGCUCCAGCAGCAGCUCCAGCAGCAGCUCCAGCAGCAGCUCCAGCAGCAGCUCCAGCAGCAGCUCCAGCCCCGUCUGCUGCCACCACCGCCUCCAGUAAAGGCACCUUCACAUUUGGCGCCACUCAGUCGGAUCCUCCAGCUGCCAGCCAGAAGGUGUUUUCUUUUGGCCAGACUGCACCCAACCAGAACACAACCACUGCUUCGUUUGGAGGCUUCGCCAUGGCCAGCACCUCCUCCACCACUGCUGCCACCACCACCCAGUCCACCUUCGCCUUUGGAAAGUCAGCGUUUGAGGCCCCAGCUGCUCCGUCAACCUUCGGUUCCUCAGCAGCGCCGCCAAAACCUUUCACCUUUGGAGGCGGCGGGGCCUCGGCCACACCUGCCUCCAACCCCGCCCCAGCCCCGUUCACUUUUGGGGCAACUGCUGCCACCACAGCGAGCACCUUUGGGACCCCAGCUAAACCAGCGUUCGGAGCCAGCUCUACUGGUUUUGCUUUCGGCGGCACCGCGGCUCCCUCAGCCGCACCGUCGGCUGUACCGAGCUUCGGUGCGGCGACCCAGACUCAGAGCUCUGCCUCGGCCACCUUCACGUUCGGCAGCGCUGCUCCUCAGCCGGCCCCCUCCGGCCCCGCUCAGCCGGCAACCGGUGGGUUUAACUUCGGUGCUGGUAUGUCUUGUCCCCAGUUUGGAGCACCGGUUUCCAGUAGUCCUGCACCACAGAUGGGAAGCUUCAACUUUGGGGCUGCUGCUACUGACAAACCAGCUUUUGGGACGUCAACUCCAUCCUUUGGCCAGAGUGCUGCUGCAGGUCCAAUUCCUUUUGGAAGUCCUGGAACUCCAGUCCAAGGCUUCAACGCUGUUCCAUUUGGGUCUCCAGCUACUCCCUCCUUCUCCAUCGGGGCCGGAUCGAAGCCCUCUGGAGCUCGUCAGAGGCUGCAGGCUCGGAGGCAGCACAACAGGAAGAAGUAACCGGCUGCACGAGUCCCAGCGUCGCUUUUGGAGGACUUGAGCUGUUGCUGCUAAGGCUAAUCUGGCUAACAUCGCUCUGUUCUAAGCCCAACAUCCCCCCAAUCAGGCCGCUGCCUCUGUUUCCUUCCCCUCCUCCAGCAGGUGGCGCCUGCAGAGGAGUUAGAAAGAGCACACCGACUGGCUGAGUUCACGCUGCUGGACGACCCGCGGCCCGGCGAGGGAACGUAGCAGCGAGGAUGGAGGAUCUAUAGCGAUGUACUAUACUUGAAGAGAAAAGACAAUUGAAUAGUUUGAUUCUGAACAAAAGCAUAUCCAAAGUUCUUUUUCCUUUUCCAGUACGCGGACACUCCCAUUGGUUUGUCUUAAGGAGAAAGCCGAGUCGGGCAAAAGGACAUGGAGCCUCGGCUCACAUUUAUUUUUUUACGUGAAGCGCUCACUGGUUUGUACGUUAUCGAGUAUUUGAGUACAUUCUCUGAAUAGGGUGAAAAACGCACAGUUGAUUCAGACAAGGUACACAACACUGCAGUGUAAAUGUAAAGUUAUGAGAUGUUUGCAGUUAAAUUAUUUUUUUAAAUUGGCUCUCUGACCCUGGAAAUGAAUGACGUGUUUCUGCACUUAAAGGGCGACUCAGCAAAUGUCUUAAUGUGGUUUGUGCAGACCUGCGUGUUCUCCUUUCAUAAUCUUUGUCAUUACAAGCAUUCCCAGAGUCCUCCUGUGGAUGGCCUUUCUGUUGUUUUUUUCAUAGUGAUUGCCAAUACUGGUCAGUAUGCCAUUAGGAUGACUACUCUCGACUUGUGCUGACAAACCAAAGCCAACUCAUCGACUUCAUGCCUGUGAAAAGAAUCUGUGAUCUCUUAUCUUUAAACCCUGAGAUGUGUGUGUUUGUACCAGACUACCUCUCUUUACUCCCAGGCACUGAAUCCUUGUUAGUUCACUGAAAAAAAACAAACAGAUCUGACAGAAUCAACUCAAUUUCACCUUCAGCUACUGUUAAUGCAGAUGUACCCGAAUGAAUAGUGUGUUUUUUGUUUUGUUUUAAAGUAUCUGCACAGAAACACAUUAUCCCCACCUCUAAACUAGAUCACUGUUACAAUAGAUGACUCCACAUUCAUACCAGAUGUACUAAAAAUACAGUCUUUUGAACUGGGACCCGUAUCUGCUUGGUAAUUACAGAAGUUGUCAUGGCGAUGCAGAGAUUUUUGUUUUUAUGGCGAUGCAGAGAUUUUUGUUUUUAUGUCUCUUAUUUGCACCAUAAUUGCAGUUUGUUUUUUUGGUCAAGCAAACACGAUCAGUUGAUGUCAGCUAUUUUCUGAAAAUAAAUUCUGUUCUUAGUAAUAAUCACCUCUUUCUUGUGAAAAGUGAGCAGUAUCUGAUGCAGUUUUUGAUGGUCAACUUUUAAUUAAUAAAAACUGAGUUUUGGCUGUGGAUGUUCCAACAAGAACACAGUGAAAUCUGCAA